AGAAGGAGGGCGGUUGUUUGAAAGCAAGAAAGCGACUACCGUCAACAUGUUUGAAAUACACCAGAUUACCUAAAGAAGAAGUUCACUGUCAGUAAAAUGUCUUAUCUGCAAAUGAGCCGGGACUAAUGUUGAUGUAUUAUUGCCGUCUUCUCAGGACUUCUAACUGACGCCUAACAGAAGCCAUCAAAAUGGCGAGUGUCCAUGAAAGUUUGUAUUUCAACCCUAUGAUGACGAACGGAGUAGUCCAUGCUAACGUGUUUGGUAUCAAAGACUGGGUGACUCCCUAUAAAAUCUCUGUCCUGGCGCUGCUGUACGACAUGACUGCGUCCAAAAUCACACUGCCAGAAAGAAGACGACUUAACAAACUCAUCCUGCCCUUGCAGCAGGGUCCAGACCUGACUCUUGGACAAUUCCUGAAGACUGUGGAGGAGUGUUGCCCUCAGACUGCAUAUGCUGUCAAACUCAGGCUGCAUGAAAUGGCAGACGGAGAGCUGAAAGACAUGGAGUACUUCUUUUCCACUCUUCCCACUCCAUUCACUGCUUUUGAUUCGGAGGCGUAUAAAACCAGUGUUGUGGGUCUUUUUAUGAGACACAUGCUUCUGGCCUACAACAAGCUGUCUUUCAGUCAGGUGUACAAGCUGUACAAGUCCCUGCAGCACUACUACCACAGUCACUACGCAAAGCCUACUGAUGGGCAGGUGGAUUUGCCGGCGCUGGUCGCUGACGACUCAGACAUGGACCUCACCAGCACUGAGGAUACUGUCGGGGACAGAAUAGACCGAGAGGAGAUGGACACCCCACUGCACGAGUCAGAGCUUCGAAAUGACAAUACUCCAAGUAGAGGUCCCCUGUCACAAAAACAAGCGGAAUACUUCCUUGCAAGACAGGCGUAUCUCCUGAAGAACGAUGAGAACAAAGCUCUGAAGCCCGCUGCGCUGCAGGAAGAGCUCAACAACAUGCUGAAGUUUAACCCGGACUUUGCUGAGGCGCAUUACCUAAACUACCUGAACAGCAUGAGGGUCCAGGACAUCUUCCUCUCGGCCCACUGCCUCUUACAUUAUUUUGACCGCCUCAUCUUGUCUGGAAAUGAGGGAAAGAGCAACGGGGAUGAGGGCUACGGCCGAAGUCUCCGCUACGCCGCUCUCAAUCUGGCAAGCCUGCACUGUCGCUUCGGCCACUAUCAGCAGGCUGAUCUGGCUCUACAGGAAGCUAUCCGCAUUGCCCAGGAGUCCAAUGAUCACGUGUGCUUGCAACACUGUCUGAGUUGGCUCUACACACUGGAGCAGAUGAAGGGAUCUGACAGCACCGUAUUAACUGAGGAUUCAGUGAAAAUGGCUGCCCAUUUCUGCCUGCCAUACUUGGCAUCUCUGGGCAUUCAGUCUUUGGUCCAGCAGGGGGCGACACAGGGUAAGACGGCCCACAAACUGAUGGAUGCACUGAAGGACACGGACAUCCUGCACUGGAAACACAGUCUGUCGGAGCUGAUCGAGAUCAGCCUGGCUCAGACUACGUCCAUAUGGAGGAUGUACGGCAAGAGCACCAUGGCUCUGCAGCAGGCCCAGCUGCUUCUCAACAUGAGCAGUCUGGAGCCAGUCAACUUUGGGGUCCAGCAGAACAACACGGAGGCGUUCGCCGUGGCUCUGUGCCACCUGGCCGAGCUGCACGCUGAGCAGGGCCUGUACGGGGCAGUUUCAGAGAUCCUCCUGCAUCUGAAAGAACAGUUUCCUCCUCACUCGCAGCAUGCCAAGCUCUGGAUGCUGUGUGAUCUGAAAAUCCAGUUUGAGAGACAUAUGAACGAAGGGAAAUACCAUUUGGCAGAGCCGCUCGUCACAGCGAUCGCCGCCAUAAACAAAACCGAAGGUCUCUACAGGAAAGGUCAAGUUCUGAAGGCUCUCAACCGGAGCACCGAGGCGUACAGCGUCUUACAGCGGCUGCAGGUGCACUGUGAGAGGACCAAGUGUACGGAGGUGGUCAUCAGAGUUAUGCUUUCCACCGCUGAGCUCCACUGGGAGUCGUCGGGCUUCUCCACAGCUCUUCCUCUCCUCCUGCAGGCCUUGUCUCUGGCCCGGCAGCACCACCUACAGCAGCUGGCCUCGGAGACCAUCCUCCACCUGGCCUUCACUCAGCUGAUGUUGGGGGUUCCUGAGCACGCUCUGAGAGUUUUGCAUGAAGCCAUUGAGCCUGUUCUGGCUCACGGGUCGGUCAUGGACAAGGGCCGAGCCCUGCUGCUGACUGCCCGCUGUCAGAUGGCGGUGGCUGGAUUCAGGCCAAACGGGCAAGGGCAAGCAGAUUUGCCUCUGGCGGUUUUGGCUGUUGACACGCUAAAUGAGGCCGCAGCCUAUUUCUCCAAGCUCAACUGUAAGGAGCGGCUGCGGGACGUCCACUACCUGCAGGCUCAGCUCCACCGUUCUCUGGGUCAAACCUCGCAGUGCAACAAAAGUGCCAUGCUCUUCCGGCUGCUGGACCAGGAGCUGCAAUCCCCGGCACCACCGGUCUCCAUGCGACUGUAACUCCACCCUGUCCGACAACAAACUCAUUCUGGCUGCUGAAGACGACCUGCGACCUCCUCCCGCUGCUGAGCCGAGUCACUGCUGCUCAUCACUAGAUGGUGGUGAAGAUCUGUCUGCUCCAAAGCAUGUCAUUUGUAAAUAUUUAGGCAAUUGGUGAACUGUUUGCACGCAAUGCUCUGCAUAAUAAUUAGAGAGGACAAUGUCAGUAGUCAUAAACAAGGUAGACCAAAAAUAGGGCCGUCGUCUCUUCACUCGUGUUCGGGUACAGAUUUGAAUAAUGGCCCGGGGAGAACGAGGUGUUUUGAAUACUUCAACCACAGCAACAGGCGCUGUUUGUCAGACAGACAUGGCACGCCUUCCGACGGUGUAGUAGGAACGUGGAAAGUGUAUCAGGAGCUGUCACCGAUGCUGAUGUACCCUCCGCUCUAUGAUGAACGAGGGUAAUAUCACAGUUGGCUACAAGAUGAAUGUGUUCCAGCGGCGUGGAUGAUUCAUAUUUAGCCAGAAGAAUACAGAUGAAGCUGGAAUCCAGAGGGAGAACUCGUGACCACGUUUCUAAUGUAAUAGACCUGCGAUGACAUGACACCACAUACUAUCUGUAUUCCUCUGACACGAUUUGCGAUAACGACCUUUUGGCGGAUAACAUAACAUUUCCGUGUCCUGACGAGCCUGUGAUGACAUCAUCGUCAUUACUCGCUGCACUUCUUUCAAGGAAAUAAACGACUCAUUUCAUCUUA